CCAGGGACUCCAGACAAGCUGCCUGAAACUGGAGCAGCGCCUGGGCGUCGCUAAUGGCCAUAUUGCGUGCCUCUCCCAAGAGAGAGACAAGCUUUCAGACACCCACGCCACCCUCACGGAGCAGAACAAGUCUCUGAAAGAAGAACUGCUCCGCUCGACCCAAGUACUGGAGAAGCGUGUGGUGACGCUCGAGGGGCACUUGAAGGAGAAGGAGAAUGAGCUAUCUGACGUCAUGGACAAGUGGAGAUCCGAGCGCCGAAGCGCCGAGACAGGAACUUCGGCACUCUCCAAGGCUCAGCGGGCCUUGGACACCAAAGACGAAAAGAUUGUCCAACUCGAGCAAAACAUCCGAGAGCUCAACGCCAUUAUAUCGAAUGUGCGGGUUGACAGGCAAACAAAAAACAAUCGAGGCACAUCAAAGCCGCGUGCAACACCUCCAAGAAAAGUUUCUCCAAGAUAUCCAAAAGGCCGGCAAGCUCGAGGGCGAAAGAGUCGAGGCGGAGCUGCGCCAGCGAUUUGCUAUCGACAGAGACGAAGCGCUUCGAGAGCUCAAGCAAAAGAUGCAUCAGGAGGCCAGCCAGACCCAAGACCGCCUUGUCCAUCAGAUCGACUCGCUCAAGCUGAGCGUCGAGCGGAGCAACAUCGAGCUACAGCGGAAAUGCCAGAAUAUUGAAGAGGAGUGGGCUCGCAAGUACGGCUCGUUGGCUGAGCAGCUCCAGGCCCAGAGAACCAGUCACGCAGCUGAAAUGCAAGAGCUUCAGUACAAGCUUACAGAGGCCAGCGAACGUGUCCCCACUCUGUCCUCCGUCGCCGAGGACGAGUUUCGAACGCAGCUCGCCAAGAGAGACGCCGAGAUUGCCUUCCUGAAGAACACUGUCCGAAUCGAGUGCGAGGAGCGAAUGGAGCUCAUCGCCGCCGUCGACACGCUCAAGAAAAAGUUCAAUGGCAUCAUCGUGCCUGGCACAGAGGGCCUCCAGGCCAAUCUCCGGACGGGCCCACACCAGCGAUUGCCGGCCAUCGACGGCUCCAGUCCCAGACCAGAUCCCGCCGAGACCAUCGGACCAUCCAGGAGCAUGCCCGAGCUCGGUGCCGUUCAUCCAGCGCUGUCGGCGUCAUCACCAUCACCACCAGCGUUCCCACGUCCCGAACUGCCGCUUCCGCCCCAACCGUCCCAACCGCCCCAGUCCAAGAGCGACAGCGAGCGACUGUUUGAACGGAAAGCGCACGUGGCAUCUGUUAAAAAGCUGGCCAAGAUGGCCAAGCUGCCAAAGAAAUAGAAUGGAUCCAGAUCCCAGAAUAAUGCAGCUGUCCUGGUUCAAAGCAGGAUGUCCCAUUUCGCUUCGGGAACGCACUGAUCCUCAGCUCAGGCGCCUCUUCUUGUGAGCUCUGUCACCUCCGCCCAACGUAUCAGUGUCGAUUGCACUUGUUUGAGCAGCGCGGGCCUCUUCCCUCGUCGAGGUGAGAAUGGUGCAUCAUGUUGAAGAAAUAAUGGGACAUUGUCUCAUUUGGACAACCACGGCGUAGUCG